AUGGCUACUGGGAGUGUUCCCUCAGAGAUCAUAGAAACUGAUAGAGAACGGUUACUUAAAAUUCUCCAGCAAGAUCCUGAGUCUGUUUUAGAUACAUUAACCUCUCGGGUGAGGAGAAAUGAGGCUCUGGAGAAGAUUACAGACCCCCUGAAGAAGCGCCCUUAGCUGCUGAUUUUGGUCCAGAAACAAGGAGAGGUGAGCUGUCAGCAGUUCCUCGAGUGCUUAGUAAGCACUUUUCCAGAGUAUGCCAACAUAAGGCACUUCCAGCACGGUAAGUUGAACUUAAAAAUAAGAAAAAGGAUUUUUUUUUUGGAAGGGUGGGAGUGCGGAGUGCGGGUGGGUGGAUUGGAUGCAGACAGAGAUCACGAGUGUUUGAAGGAAACUGCCCAGUCCCCAGGGGGAACACGGGAGGAAUACCACUCGGUGAAAAGCCCACUGGCACAUCUGGUUGAGAAUGUCGAAUGCAAAGUCGCGGCAACUACUGGGUACCUGCAAGGUGGGCAGAGCUAUGAAGAACCCGACGAUGAUUCUUUAUACUUAGGAAAAGAAGAGUAUCUUCCAUGCAUUGGGUAUUCUGACCUCGCAGAAAGCCCUGUGGCAGAAGAGAAUUACAGUGGCCCCCGAGACGAUCGUCUCUGGUGUGGAGGAAGACUCUGCGUAUUUCGGGAACCCAGAGCUCUUUGACAAGGACAGAGCCAUGGCGAUUCAGAAACCGACAUGUCAAUGCAGGAGAAGGAGAAAAGUAUAGAAGAAAAAAAGGUGUUUAAGGAUGUCCUGUCGAGCUUGAACCUGGAUGGGAGCAGAAAGCUCCUGCCGGACAUGGUGCGGCAAUUGUCCCAGGAUGGAGGAGGGAGAUGGAUGCCCGUGACACCGGCAGACUUAGCCUGGAGUUUCCUGCUGCAAGUCCGAGCACUGGAUGCCGGCAGGGAUGCCGUCCUCAGACUCGGGGCUCAGGCCGAGGGCGGCGGAGCAGGGGAGCUCCUGGCUGGAGCAGAGAACUUGGGAAACGUCCCGGCGCUCACCCCCUCUGAUGCCCUCUGUGCUUCUCUGCUGGGUUCCGACAGCUCUUUGCAGCGCUGGGGCAUGGCAGCCAUGCACCGGUGCCCACUCGCCCUUCCCCUGCUUCUGCCCGACGCAGAGAACCACAGCAGCCAGUUCAUGCUGGGCGCCGCCGCCCUGGAGCCACAGAGGCUGCUGACACUCAGAGAUGCCCGUCGUCGCCUCCUUCCCUCCUUCAUGCGCCUGGGCCCCUGCAGCUUCUCCAAGUCCAGGAUCCUGAACACCCGGCUGCCCCGCUUCCCAGACCUUUCUCCAGUCUGCCUCCCUGCGGCCCGACAGAUCUCCGACGGGCUGGUAGAGGUGGCCUGGCACUGUCCCGGGGCCGCUCCUCUGGGACAAAGCCCAAGUUUCCCCCCAAAGCCCGUGGCCAUAGCCAACCUGCGUGGCGAUCUGCAGGGUUUCUGGACCCAGUCUGGUUUCUUGGUGGAAGUCUCCUCGGCAGUGCUUUUCUUCACUGACCGUCUGGGCGAGAAGGAAUGGGACUUGUUUACGUGCUUGGGAGAAGAGACCAUCGGGCGAUGCUGUUUUGUGCUCAUCCCUCAGGCCAGGGAGAGAGAGACUCAGAUUUUCCAGAGGAUCCUGAAUCUGAAGGCAUCGCAACUCCUGUUUUGGGAGAAGGAGGGGGAGACCGUGCCAAACCUUCAGGGUGCCCUGCGAAAUGUAAUGUCUUCUUCCCUCAACUGCAUGUGCUGGGAAGACAUGGCCUCCUUGGCCAGGGAGCUGGGAAUCCGGGUGGAGCAAGGCUCUGAGAACAUUCAAGGAACCCGCGUCUCCUCUAGUGGAAACUCGGAGCCCCAGAGACACAGGCCGAGGCCCGGCAGGACUCUCACCCCACCGCAGGGUCCCGGCCUCCUCGGGAAGCUGCCUUCCCUUGCCGACCGCAGCUGGAGGCCACAUCAGCCGCGAGCUUUGGAAGGGCCCCCUUGCCCACCCCCACUUUUGGCCUACGUGGUUCUGCGCUUCACCCUUCAGAACACGAGGUUCCCGGGCCGAGGCACACGUUUUGGGAUUCAGUACUUUGAGCCACAGAGAUUUCACUGGAGAAUGGGAACUUCCCCAGGGCGCCGUGGGGCCAGCGUGUGAACAGAACAUCUGGGAGGCUACCCAGCCCCACCCCUGCGCCUGUGGGGCCCGGCCCGGAGACCCCCGACAAGGGGAAGUCUUCACAGAUCGGGGACGGUGGCCUCUCGGGUCGGUCACUGGCCAUCCUCGGGUCCCCGGCCAGCAGGAGAAGCCGGGAAACCACCACCAAGAGGACCCCGCACCCAGGGACCGCGGCGGAUGGAGGCGGAUGGACCUCACAGAGACCACCGCUCCUUCACCCGCUUCCACCCGCCUCUUCACCAGGAGGCACAAAGCAGGCCUUCAAAUCGGGCUUCCCGAAGGGAGUCCUGCCCCGAGUCCAACAGCAAAUAAAUCUGUGCCCAGUUCUCAGGUGCAAGCCAGUCAGAACAAGUCAUGGCAGCUCCGGCAGCCGCAGCCCCGUCCCUCUAAUCCCCGUCCUCUCUUAACAUGGGAGCAGCCGCUCAGGCCCUGCCCUCGCCAGGGACACCUCCUCCACCCAGACACCCUCAGCAGAAGUCCUGUGGACCUCAGCCCUCCCAGUCCA